UAUUCCCUUCGACGCUGACCUCGAGGUCGAAUUGCGAGCCUUGAAUUUCAUCGACAGAGAAGAUUUGAGAACUUCGUCAUUGUGCACCAUUGAUUUAUUAUUUUCUACGUGCUCACAUUUUGUUUCAUGAAAUUUUGAGCUUUGCACAUCGUCAGGUGGACUUCCUCUUGAGGGUUGCGGAGAAUCAUUAAUUGCAAGCUAUGGGGCUGUUCGGAUUUGGGGGAGGAAAGAAGAAGCAAGAGCAGCCGGAGGAGAAGAAGAAUGUCGAUGAGAAGGUUGACACCACGGCGAUGGCUGAGGACCCAAAAGGAGGAGCCAGCAGCUCUGAUGUGGUGCGGUUGAAUGAGGCACCAUCAGGGCCUAAAGACACGGAUGUGAGUGUGUUCGAGUUUGGAAGCGCCGGAAGCACCGAUGACAAGAUUACCUUGGCUGGCUAUUGCCCGGUUUCGGACGAAAUGGAGCCUUGUCGAUGGGAAAUUUUCCCCUCUGGCCAGGCCGAGGCUCCCGGGUUCAGAAUCGUGUUUUAGGGAUUUUGCCCGCAUUUUGUUUUGAGGAGGUUGAGCAUUCAUUCGAGAUUCUCUCGAGUAAUGAUGUGUCUAAAGUAUUCUGCUGAAGGCGGCGGUCGGUUAGGGGAAACAGGACUCUGUACUUGGAUUCGAUCAAGAGUUGCUGUCUUAUUUCUCGCCAGGGAUAUGAUGAGGCUUGUGCUAGAUCCAACAUUAUUUGUGCCUACAACUGUUGUCAGGAUUGUGCAACUCAAAUUUUGUGUGUGUCUGAGGAGCACAUUUACGUCACCCUGCGAAAGGUUGAUGAACAAAUUUGGAGGAUAGAGAGUUCUAUAUGUAGGCCAACAGGAGGAGAAACUGUUAGCUCAAUAGUCGAAGUAAUAAACUUCUCUUUAUUGCUUGUUUUGGUCGAAGUGAUCCGUUAUAUCAGUUUUAAUAAACCUUGAAGACGCAUGGGCGAUGAACCAAAAACUUGGAAUUCCUGAAAUUAUAGU